AGUAAAACAAACAACAAAAUGCCAGCAAUUGGUAUUGAUUUGGGAACCACAUACUCAUGUGUGGGUGUGUGGCAACAAGGAAAAGUGGAAAUAAUCGCCAAUGACCAGGGCAACAGAACAACACCAUCCUACGUUGCCUUUACUGACACCGAGAGGUUGAUUGGAGAUGCAGCCAAGAACCAAGUGGCGAUGAAUCCAUCGAACACGGUUUUCGACGCCAAAAGGUUAAUUGGCCGUAAAUUCGACGACCCGAAGAUCCAGGCGGACAUGAAGCACUGGCCAUUCAAAGUCAUCGGUGAGAGUGGAAAGCCAAAGAUUGAGGUAGAGUUCCGCGGUGAGAGGAAGAGGUUCAACCCCGAGGAGAUCAGCUCCAUGGUCUUGACCAAGAUGAAGGAGACAGCUGAGGCAUAUCUCGGGGAGAAGGUACGUGACGCUGUCAUCACAGUUCCAGCAUAUUUCAACGAUUCACAACGUCAAGCAACUAAAGAUGCUGGUGUUAUCGCUGGAAUUAAUGUACUCAGAAUUAUCAACGAACCAACAGCUGCGGCACUCGCCUAUGGAUUGGAUAAGAACUUGAAAGGUGAGAGGAAUGUUCUCAUAUUUGAUCUCGGUGGUGGUACCUUCGAUGUCUCCAUCCUAACCAUCGACGAGGGUUCCCUCUUCGAGGUGAGAUCAACGGCCGGUGACACACACCUGGGUGGCGAAGAUUUUGAUUCACGUCUUGUAGAUCAUCUUUGUAACGAAUUCGAGAGGAAAUUCAGGAAGAAUCUCAAGAUCAACUCGAGAGCACUGAGGAGAUUGAGAACAGCUGCUGAGAGAGCUAAACGUACAUUGUCAUCGAGUACAGAGGCAACCAUCGAGAUUGAUGCACUCUUCGAGGGCAUUGACUUCUACACCAAAGUCUCGAGGGCCAGGUUUGAGGAGCUGUGCGCUGAUCUCUUCAGAUCGACACUUCAGCCAGUGGAGAAGGCACUUGCUGACGCUAAAAUGGAUAAAUCAUCGGUCCAUGAUGUUGUUCUCGUUGGAGGCUCCACGAGGAUUCCAAAGAUCCAGUCGAUGCUGCAGAAUUUCUUCUGUGGUAAACAGCUGAAUCUCUCAAUUAACCCUGAUGAGGCAGUGGCGUAUGGGGCAGCAGUUCAGGCAGCUAUUUUAACUGGCGAGGGAGACAAAAGCUCAACACUUCAGGAUGUACUUCUUGUGGAUGUUGCUCCCUUGUCACUGGGAAUUGAGACAGCUGGUGGUAUGAUGACGAAUAUCAUCGAGAGGAAUGCACGUAUCCCCUGCAAGCAGUCACAGACAUUCACAACGUACGCUGAUAACCAACCUGGCGUUACUAUUCAAGUUUUCGAGGGUGAAAGGGCUAUGACGAAAGAUAACAACUUGCUUGGAAGGUUUGAGCUCAGUGGUAUUGCCCCAGCGCCCAGAGGCAUUCCCAAGAUCGAUGUCACCUUUGAUCUGGAUGCCAAUGGUAUACUCCAUGUCACCGCCAAGGACACAGCAAGCGGUCGCAGUAAUGAUGUCCGUAUUACCAACGACAAGGGCAGACUCUCCAGGGAGGAAAUCGAUCGCAUGCUCUCUGAGGCUGAGAGAUAUCGGGAUCAAGAUCAGCAGCAGCGAGAGAACGUUGCGGCUCGUAAUCAACUUGAAGCAUAUGUUUUCUCGGUUAAACAGGCUGUGGAGGACAGUGGGGCACGUCUUAGUCAGCAGGAUAAGGACAGGGUCAAGGGACUCUGUGAUGACACCAUCCUGUGGCUGGAUAAUAAUACCUUGGCUGAGAAGGCCGAGUACAGCCACAAACUGGAGGAGAUCCAGAAGCAGUGCUCACCCAUCAUGAGCAAGAUCCAUCAGGGUGGACAACAGAUGCCUCAGGAUUGUGGAGCCCAGUAUCGCCAGGGUGGUGGACAGGACUACUCCGGACCUACUGUUGAAGAAGUCGAUUAAACUAAUGGAAUUUCUAGAGAUUUCGUGAACGGACUUGGAACUUUUUGAGACUGAACAAUACCUGAACAAAUUAUUUAUUUUUAUCUAAUAUUGCUGUAUUAACUGGUGAAUUUUCAUCAUUGAUUGAGGCAGGUCAUUUAUUUUUUUGUAAUCUUUUUUUUUAGUUGGGUAAAAUUGUUCAUUCCUCGACGCAUUGUAAAUUGGAUUCUAUUUUUUAUUGUGGGGUACAAUUUUUGUGGGACGAUGGGUGAAAACUUCAUCUGACUAGAGUAGAAAUUAUUGUAAAAAGAUGAAUUGCCUGGCGGAUUUAUAUUAUGUGAUAGAUGGAAAUAAACUCGUUAUGUUUUAUAAAAAA